UAUUUUGAAAAUCAUCCGUCGGGUUCAAUAUCUCCUGUUAACUUUUCUUUCUUCAUUUCAUUCUGCGGAUCUUAGCUGUAAUUGUUUUGAAACACACGGAGCACAACAGAAAGCGUAUGUUAGUGAUGACCGAAAUCAGACACAUAAAGACAGCAGACUUCUGUGCUCGAGAUCAGCGCGAGUGUUUUAGUUCGGUGUCUGCGCUCGUGCCUUGAUGUGAUGAGCUGCAUUGAUCUCUACACAUCAUAAAUCUGAUAUAAGUUACGCUGUUUUGGGGGAUUUUUUUAUUUGUCCUCACUAAAUCGCUCAACUGUAGUAAAGGCAUGGAUGUGGAUGUGGUGAGUUUCCGUUUGCCUGCACAUGGAGACACUGCCCUGAGUAACAUGAACUUCCUGCGGACGCAGCAGCACUUCUGUGAUGUCACCAUCGUGGCGGGGGGCAGGCGCAUGUUCAGGGGUCAUAAGGUCGUGCUGGCUGCUUGCUCUGCGUUUCUCAGGGACCAGUUUCUCCUGAACCCCUCAUCAGAGCUACAGCAGGUGUCGAUGUUGCACAGCUCAGCAGUGGUAUGUGAACUCCUCCAGUCCUGUUACACAGGUAUGCUGCAGUUCAGUGCCAAAGAGAUCGUGAACUACCUGACUGCAGCCAGCUACCUGCAGAUGGAGCAUGUGGUGGAGAAAUGCAGAGGAGCCCUGAGCCAGUACAUGCAGCCCCGCAGUCGCAGCCCCAUUACUGUGAAAUCAGAAGACCCUCAGUCUAUGCCAGUGAUUGUCAGUGGAAGUACCCAUUCAUUGGGAUCCAUUUCAUCCCCUUCUGAUACGGCAUCACUGCAUCCUCACAGUUCAGGAAAGGAGCUCCAGGCUGCUGAUGCCGAACUCUCCAACAUCACUCACAAAGAUGACAGUGAUUUGACCAUACACCGUGUAAGAGGAUCAGAUGCAUCUGGACACUUCGAGGGAGAGGACGGACCUGAGAGUGGCAUCUAUCAGGUGCAGAUCAACGAUGAACAUCAAGACCCUGAGAAGACCUCUGGUGCAGAGGAGGAAGACAGAGAAGCUGUUGUCAUGUUAAACGACCACGAACCGCUGGACGCAGGUAUAGAGGAGCCCAAUAUGGAGGGGCAAGCCAAAGGCAACGACCUCAGAGGGGGAGGCCGCGUGUGGAGAAGACGGCACGGAGAGCACAGGGGAGGCAGAGGAAGAGGCUUUAAACACAGGAAGCGGUACACUUUCAAGGACCGCAAGCUCUUGGGUAACUAUCAGGAGGCUUGGCGGUUUCCGACUCCUGAUGAGAUCAUGGGUAAUUUUGGAGCGGACUUUGGAGCUGAUUACAUGUCCAAUCAGCAUCUCGCAGAUGGUACCAUCCGCAUUGAGUAUAGGCCUGGAGAAGAGAUCGGCUCUGAUGGAGGUCCUGCACACUUUGGUGUGGAAGCUUCCAGCGGGGAAGAGGGAAUGAGAGUUGGGACACAUACAAAUGAGCAUGGAGCUGCUGACGAGUCUGUGGCGGUGGUGGGAUCCACGUCCUGUGUAACGGGACCAGUGGUGUGUGAGCAGUGCGGACUAGCAUUUUCCUCAACGCAGGACUUAGCCAUGCAUUCCCUGUCAACUCACCGGCUGUACGUGUGUCCAUGCUGCGGGAAGCACUUCAGCCAUUCUAGUAACCUCAACCGCCACAUGAUCGUCCACCGUGGAGUUUCCAAGCUCCACUGUUGCCCCCUGUGCCACAAGACCUUCACUCAGAAGUCAACACUGUGCGACCACAUGAACCUGCACAGUGGGGAGCGGCCGCAUGUGUGCGCGUACUGCCACGUCAGCUUUGCCCAUAAGCCUGCUCUACGCCGGCACCUGAAAGAGCAACAUGGAAGGACAACGGCCCAAAACUAUCUGGAAAUGCAGCGAAACAAUGAGGGUGGUGCUGGAGAAGGGGUUUAGAUCAGAUUUAAAUUGUUACUGUGUUAAUGAAAUCAGAAUUAACCCUAUUUACUUUCUUAAAGGUGGCAUAGAAUGCACUGAUACAAUAUUUUAAAUUGUUCUCUGAUGUCCCCAGAGUUUGUAUAUGAAGUUUUAUCUCAAAAUACCCCACAGAUAAUUUUUUUAU